AUGGAAAACCGUUUACGAAAUGAGUAUCGAAACGUCAACAAAAUGAAGGAUGCGCUAGCCAAGGAGGGAAUAACCAUAUUUCCUACGGCCAGUGACAACCUUUCUGCUUGGACCAUUUCUAUUCUAACGAAAGAUAAGGACUCCCCCUAUUCGGGUCAGACGCACACAAUCUCUGUCAAGAUACCCAGAGACUACCCCCUUUCUCCGCCCGAGUGCAACUUCACGACACCCAUGUUCCACCCUAACGUGAAGUUUGCGAACGGUGAGAUCUGUCUCAACAUCCUCACAAAGGACGACUGGUCUCCGGCAAUUUCCCUUAUCUCUCUUGCACAAAGCAUUGCAGGCCUUUGCAGUGCCCCAAACACAGACAGCCCUCUCAAUUGUGACGCCUCCAAUCUCGUUAAGAACGGUGACGUCCGGGCCGUCCGGUGCAUCUGCCAGUAUUACUACAAGGGGGAGUACACCAAGGUCAAGUAG